CCGAGUCUGGCGGAAAGCACACGGUUGUUUUGGUGUCCGCUCGCCCAGAAGCGUCUCCUGUCAGACUUUAAACGUUAAAGGACAGUCUCCCGGAGCACCUCCAACCCGAACUAUGCUGUGUCCCAGCCCAUGAGACCGACGGUGUUCCGACUGAAAGACACACAUUUUGUUAAUUUGUCCAUUUACCGGUUGUUAGCCGUUAGCUUCGCGGGCUAAAAUCUGCCAACAAGUUGGGAUCAACAACAACAACAACAACAACAACAACAACAACAACAUCAUCAUCAUGGACUGCACGGCGCUGGAGCUCGAUGCUGUUAAAUUUGCCCAAACAGCCGUCAGCUAUGACCAGAAGGGCAAAUACAACGAGGCCGUGUUUUAUUAUAAGGAGGCAGCUCAGGCCCUGAUAUACGCUGGCAUGGCAGGGUCCAAACUGGAGGGGAUCCAGGACAAAGUGAAUGAGUACUUGGAUCGGGUCCAAGCCCUCCACAAUGCCGGCCAGGCACAGAAGAUUGACCCGCUGAAGUCCCGGGAGCAGGUGGACCUGGAGCGUGCCCACUUCCUGGUCACCCAGGCCUUCGAAGAGGACGAGAAGGGGAAUGACGAUGAAGCCAUUGAACUAUAUACUCAAGCUGUGGAGCUCUGCAUUAACACGUCUAACGAGACGUCGGACCAGGCGCUGCAGACCAAGCUGAAGCAGCUAGCACGUCAGGCUUUAGAAAGGGCGGAGGGUCUGAAAGAGUCCCAGGCCAAAUCAACUCCAGCUCAGUCUCAGGACAGGACGGGGCCUUCUGGAAACAAACCCAGCAAUGCAGGCAACUCUGGGGGACCGGUCCGCCAGUAUUUCCCCCUCGGCCCAGACUUCAGCCUCCACGACCGACCACAACCCCAGCCGGUCCGGGCGGUCCAGUCCAGCGAGCCCCAGGGUCAGCGCUACACGUCUGAGGAGAUCGAGGUGCUCAGGAGUACAUCUACAAUCAACGGCAUAGCCUAUGUGCCCUUCAUGAGUGUGGACCUGAGGGAGAGAUUCGCCUUCCCUGUCCCUUUCUCGGACAAAACAGGCAAACUGGCACUGUCGCCCAAACAGAAAGCCAUCUUCUCCCGCUGGGUCCGACCGGACGAGAUCUGCAAUAACCCCACCAUGAUCAUGUCUGUGUCCAGUUUCAGCAUCAAACAGACGGUGGUGUCUGACUGUUCGUUUGUGGCGUCGCUAGCCAUCAGUGCGGCCUACGAGAGGCGCUACAACAAGAAACUCAUUACCAGCGUCAUCUUCCCUCAGAACAGACGAGGGGAACCAGAGUAUAACCCCUGUGGGAAGUACAUGGUCAAGCUUCACAUCAACGGAGUUCCCAGGAAGGUGAUUAUAGACGACUACCUGCCGGUGGAUCGUAACGGAGAGCUGCUGUGCUCCUACUCCAGCAACAGGAACGAGCUCUGGGUCUCUCUCAUAGAGAAGGCCUACAUGAAGGUGAUGGGAGGCUACGACUUCCCUGGCUCCAACUCGAACAUCGAUCUGCACGCCCUCACCGGCUGGAUCCCCGAACGCAUCGCCAUGCACUCAGACAAUCAGUCAUUCAGCAAGGACGACACUUUCCGAAUGCUCUUCCAGAGGUUUCACAGGGGUGAUGUCCUCAUCACCACGGCAACAGGGGUGAUGACAGAAGAAGAAGGGGAGAAAUGGGGUUUAGUGCCAACACACGCCUACGCUGUGCUUGACAUCAGGGAUUACAAGGGAAUGCGUUUCCUGCAGCUGAAGAAUCCGUGGAGUCACCUGCGGUGGAAGGGCCGCUACAGCGAGCGCGACGAGAAGAACUGGACACCAGAACUCCUCAAAUACCUCAACUUUGAACCCAAGACAGCACAGAAGUUUGACAACGGAGUUUUCUGGAUCGCAUGGGAGGACCUUUGUCAGUACUAUGAUGUCAUCUACCUGAGCUGGAACCCCGCCCUGUUCAAAGACUCCUCCUGUAUUCACAGUAGCUGGGAUGGGAAGCAGGGUCCGGUGAAGGACGUCUACAGUCUGGCCAACAAUCCCCAGUACAAGCUGGAGGUCCAGUGUCCAGCAGGGGGAGCUGCUGUGUGGGUGCUGCUCACCAGACACAUCACUGACAAGGAUGAUUUUGCACAAAACAGAGAGUUUAUCACCCUUGUUGUUUACAAGACGGAUGGGAAGAAGGUUUACUACCCAGCGGACCCCCCUCCUUACAUCGACGGCAUCCGUAUCAACAGCCCACACUACCUGACCAAGAUGAGGCUGACCAGCGCAGGCACGCACACCUUCACACUGGUGGUGUCCCAGUAUGAGAAACAGAACACCAUCAACUACACGCUGCGGGUAUACUCCGGAUGCAAAUUCACCUUCUCCAAGAUCCCAAAUCCUUUCACUCAAACCAAACGGAUCAACGGUCAGUGGAAGGGGCCCAGCGCUGGAGGUUGUGGGAACUAUAAGGAUUCUUACAAACACAACCCCAUCUAUCAGAUCAACCUGGAGCGGUCGGGACCACUGCUCGUCGAGCUCCGAGGAUCCAGGCAGUAUAGUGUUGGUUUUGAAAUGGUGACGGUGUCGAUGGUGGGGGAUCCAGGCGCGGCUGCCUUCCAGAAAAAGACCAGUGGAGAUUACAGAUGUGGCUUCUGCUACAUGGAGGUGGACCACGUCCCGGCAGGCAUCUACAACGUCAUCCCCACCACCUUCUUACCCAAACAGGAAGGACCCUUCUUCUUGGACUUUGCCAGCACCUCGUCCCUCAAGGUCUCCCAGCUCCAGUGAAGAUGGAGCUGUAGAGAGGAGGGGGCAGGGAGUGGCAGAGAGGUACUGUAAAUGGACAGAUUGCGGGCGUGAACUUCAAUGUUGCCACACAAUUAUGGUGAAGGAAUAAAUGAGUGAUAAGGAAUCAUCAAGAGGAACUUCAAUGGAAUGAAACCCAUCAACUGUCAAGGGAUUUUGGGACAAAAUUUUCACAAAAAACAAAGACAAAGUAAUAGUGAUGAGAGCAGCGUCAGAGACCUGUUCUACCUCCUUUUGCCAUAAUAAGAUAGAUAGAGUAUCAAUGGCGCUCACAACCACCAGAUGGAGUAAUCAUCAUCAACAUUGUUAAAUCUGAUGGAUCUCAUGAGAUGACAGUAACCAUACGACCGCAUCCUGGACUCGAUGGACAGAUGUAACAGGGUUGAAAUGAACACCAGCCAAGAGCUGCAAAAUGUCAAGGCUGCCUGAAGCCGAGAAUUCUUCUCAGGUUCUGUUUAGCUGCACUGAGCACCUCAAAAGUCCAAGAAAAUGCAAAUGUUACAGCAAGUUACUUCCUCAGAUAACUAGAAGUACGACACUCCUGUCCACAUACUUUGGACUGGAUUUUGGCCCUUUGCUGUUGGAACCAUAAACUGCAUGUAAUUUAAAUGCAUUGGUUUCUGAAGAGCCGUUGUAAAGCCCAUUGGUGGUUGCCCCUCUGGCUGCAACCAUC